AUGAUGAAGAGUCACAUUCUCCUGUUGCUUUGUGUUGUAGUUUUUGGAGUUCUUGGGACCUGCCAUGGAGGUGUGCUUAGGAAGAAUUAUUACAAGGCUAGCUGUCCUGAUGCAGAGGAGAUAAUCAAGAACGCUACCGAGAAACAUGUAGCUAAGAAUCUCGACCUGCCAGCAAAGUUCCUGAGAAUGCAUUUUCAUGAUUGCUUUGUCGGGGGUUGUGAAGCUUCAAUUUUGUUGAACUCGACAAGUAACAACACUGCCGAAAAGCAGGCAGUUCCGAACCUAAGCCUGUCGGGUUUCGAUGUCAUUGAAGAUAUAAAAGCAGAAGUGGAGAAGGAAUGUCCAGGAGUAGUAUCUUGUGCUGAUGUUCUGGCCUUGGCUGCCAGGGAUUCAGUUUCAUAUAAAUUCAAAAAACCAUUGUGGGAAGUUCUUACCGGUAGAAGAGAUGGCACAGUGUCACGAAUUUCUGAGGCAUUGGCUAAUCUUCCUUCCCCUUUUUUCAACUUCACCAGUCUCGUUCAGAACUUUGCUAUCAAAGGCCUCAAUGUGCAUGACCUGGUGGUUUUAUCAGGUGGGCAUACGAUUGGAAGAGGCCACUGCAAUACCUUCAGCCCCAGGCUAUACAAUUUUACUGGAAGAGGAGGUCAAGAUCCUUCGUUGAACGCAACCUAUGCUGCUUUCUUGAAGACCAAAUGCCGAAGCCUUAGUGACAACACAACCACCGUGGAAAUGGAUCCUGGUAGCUCUCUAAAGUUUGAUAAUCACUAUUUUGUCAUCCUCAAGCAACAUAUGGGCCUCUUCGAAUCCGAUGCCGCCCUUCUGACAAACAAUCACGCCCUCAAAACUGUCAACGAUAUGCUUGACUCAUCGAAAUUCUUCAAAGACUUUGCAGUGGCAAUGAAGAAGAUGGGAGCCAUUGGAGUUCUCACAGGGACUCAAGGGGAGAUUAGGAAGAAAUGUUAUGUUGUUAAUUAA